AUGAGCUGGCAGGAUUAUGUGGACAAGCAAUUGUUAGCCUCUAGGUGUGUUACUAAAGCAGCUAUAGCUGGCCACGAUGGAAAUAUUUGGGCUAAAUCAGACGGAUUUGAGGUUUCUAAAGAUGAACUAACGAAAUUGGUUCAGGGAUUCGAUAAGCAAGAUAUUCUGACAUCAGCUGGUGUUACGCUGGCUGGUAAUCGUUAUAUUUAUCUGUCAGGAACAGAUAAAGUCAUCAGGGCAAAACUCGGAAAAGUUGGAGUGCAUUGUAUGAAGACACAGCAAGCGGUGGUAGUAUCGUUAUAUGAAGACCCCAUUCAACCCCAGCAAGCGGCAUCCGUAGUGGAAAAGUUAGGCGAUUACUUAGUGUCCUGUGGUUACUAA